GCUUGAAAGCUCAGACAUGGGGAAUAAACAAACCAUCUUCACAGCGCAGCAGCUCGACGCAUAUCAGGACUGUACAUAUUUCACCAGAAAAGAAAUUCUCAGACUGUUCUACCGCUAUCGGGAUUUGGCACCGCAGCUCGUUCCUCUUGACUACACCAACCACCCAGAUGUGAAGCUACCAUACGAGCUGAUUGGCAGCAUGCCGGAACUGAAGGACAACCCAUUUCGUCAAAGGAUCGCUGAGGUUUUCUCUGAGGAUGGAGAGGGAAACAUGACGUUGGACGACUUCUUGGACAUGUUCUCAGUGCUCAGUGAGAUGGCGCCUCGUGACCUAAAGGCCUACUAUGCCUUCAAAAUAUACGAUUUCAACGACGACGACUUCAUCUGCAAGUCGGACCUGGAGAAGACGCUGAACAAGCUGACCCGUAACGAGCUAACGGAGGACGAGGUGAAGAUGGUGUGCGAGAAAGUGAUCGAUGAGGUAGAUCUGGACAACGACGGACGUCUAUCGCUUGAGGAUUUUCAGCACAUGAUUAACAGAGCUCCAGAUUUCCUCAGCACCUUUCACAUACGGAUCUGAGAAAACCGCCAACUAAUUUCACGCUUGCAAAAGCCCAAAAGGAUGGACUGAAAAUACUACAGAGCUUCACAAAUCAAUCUUCAGAAAAUAACUUCUACUUUUUGUUUUGAACCCACGUCAUGGAAGCCCAGCUAACCCAUCAGGACAGGCAUCGCUAAUUAUGACCAUCAACCAUGGAUUUGUUUUGUAUCUGAAGGGGUUUUGGUUACACUGGAUAUAGAGGAGCAGAAUAUUCCAGUGGCUCCCAGUGGAGCCAGUAGAGACGAAGGGAGCCGUUUGUCCAGAAAGCAGCUCCAGCAGCUCCUGGUCGCCUCGGCCAACGAAAACACUGAAAGAAGGCAAACCAUUUUUAGAUCCUUUUUAUUAAAUCAAAAGUACACAUUUCAUAUGGGUUUAGAAAGUACAGUACAGUUUAUAUAUUUAUUUUUCAAUGUUCAAUGAUAUUUAUAUAUUUCCCCCCCCAACCCCUCUAAACUUUUCCCUGUGAAUUUCCCAACAGACAGAAUGAAAA